AUGGGCUGCUGUGAUAGUAAGCCGGACAUCAAUAGUCCAACCGCAUCUGCAGCCAUUUCAAACAGGAGUUUGGAUGCGGAGGAGCACCACUCUGAUUCAGCUUGGUGCGGACGCAAGAAGCGCAGCAAAUCUCAAGGCUUCUCCGUGGCAGCUCAAGGGCAGCAGCAAACGAAUCAUGGACCAGGCCCUCUCUCGGAGGGGACGACUUGUCCUCUGCACAUGCCAGCCAGUCAGAUCCGCCGAGAGAUUAUGAAGCUUCAAUACCGCGAGGUGACACCGGAAGACUACGAGCUGCUCUGUCUCUUAGACGAAAGCCUGCCCAAGAAGAACACGCUUCCAGAAGCCUUGCUGCAGGCUUUGCCCCUGGUGCCUGCGGCGGAGUGCGGCUCGAAGGUUUGCCAGGUUUGCCUGCUGGAACUUGGAGAUUGUAAGGUGCCACAAUUGCCUUGCGGCCACGCGUUCCAUUUUGAAUGUGCUUGCAAGUGGUUCACAAGCUGUUCGGCCAGGUGUCCGGUUUGCCAGGUUUCCAUCCUUGACCCGCCCGUGGCACCGCCUUCGACCGUCACCGAUUCGGCCCCGGCCAGCUCAGAGACCAAGAGCCCAGACAGUCGGUCUUGGCUGAGACGGGGUGAGGAAUCCGAUUCUGAAGCCGUGUGA